AUGGCAAACUUCCGGAAGCACCUGAGAAUGGUGGGCAGCCGCAGAAUGAAGGCUCAGAGUGAGUUCCCCACAUAUGCUGACCGCCGAGCCAAGAGUUUCAACCGCUCCUGGAGUGACCCCAUCCCCAUGAAGCCUGACUCUCUCCAUGGCUCUAGAGACAGUGGGGACUUGCAGUCCUCCUCAGGGGCUCUAGAUGAAGGAUCACAGGAGGAUGCAGACUGGGAGGAGGAGAGAGAGAAGGAGAGAGCAGCCUGUGAGGGAGAGGACUUCAUCCCACCCAAAAUCAUGCUGAUAUCCUCCAAGGUCCCGAAGGCUGAAUAUGUUCCUAACAUCAUCCGUAGGGACGAUCCGUCCGUCAUCCCCAUCCUUUAUGAUCAUGAACAUGCCACAUUCGAUGACAUCAUUGAGGAGAUAGAGAAGAAGCUGAUGGCCUAUAGGAAAGGCUGUAAGAUUUGGAACAUGCUAAUCUUCUGUCAGGGCGGUCCGGGGCAUCUGUACCUGCUCAAGAACAAAGUGGCCACAUUUGCCAAAGUGGAGAAGGAGGAUGAUAUGAUCCAGUUUUGGAAGAAGUUGAGUCAGUUUAUGAGCAAGCUGAAUCCUGAGCCCAACCUCAUUCAUAUAAUGGGCUGCUAUGUUCUGGGGAGCGCCAAUGGAGAAAAGCUAAUCCACAAUCUAAAGAGGCUAAUGAGGCCUCAUGCCAUAGAAUUCAAAUCCCCGCUAGAGCUGUCUGCACAGGGAAAGGAGAUGAUCGAGAUGUACUUUGACUUCCGUCUAUUCCGCCUGUGGAAAACCCGCCAGCACUCCAAGAUGCUCGAAUAUGAUGACCUUUUGUGA